UAUUGAAAAAUAAACUAAAAAUAACUUUUCAGGGCGAUGUGGCAGCAAACAAGGCUUGGCGGUUGCAUGACGGACAUGUGGCAGCUCCCCCUAGAGUCCAACCGCCUUUCUGAAGCUAGCUUCUUUCUUUACAAACCGUAUUUAUAAUUUCCUUGCAAUGAACAUCUUCAAUUAAUAAAUUUAUUACUAAAUUCCAAUCAAAAACAAAGAAGAAAAUGCACUCAGUAAAGGAGAAAGUAAGCAACGCAGCUGCCGCUGGUAAAGAGCACGUUGACAUCCUCAAAGCCAAAGCCGAAGAAAAGGCUGAGAAAGCAGUAGCAAGGACAAGGGAAGAGAAGAGGAUAGCAGAAGAGGUGAGAAAAGCAAAAGAAGCGGAAGCGAAGAUGGAGCUACAUCAAGCGAAAGCACGUCAUGCAGCGGAGACGCUGCAAUCGAAGCAAUCUCAUCUUAUAGGGCCUCACGGCCACGGCCACCACCAUCAUGCUGUCGGUGGCCAGCAAAAUCCAGUGGUGGGUAGUACCAUUCCAACUACUGGGACCGUGGCUCCUACCUAUCCUCUUGGAGGUUACCCUCCUACUUCACAUGGACAUAUCUAAUUUAGCAGCAUCCUGUAAUAGUGUGUAGUUUCAAUUCCGUUCUCUGUAAUGCCUUCGGAAUAAAUUGGGGAACGCCUUUGGUUUUCUAGCUAGCUAGCUAGAUCCUUUCACAAGAAUAUAUGUCAUGACAAGUGUCAAACAUUUCCCUUUGAAAGAAUUAUAUUCUUUGCAUUCCGCUUUCUGUCCAA